UCCCCCUGUCCUCUCUUUUUUUUUUAUUUUUUUUUUUACAUAUUUUUAUUUUUUUCUUUUAGUUUGUUUUUGGACCAGCGGAACUCUUUAAGAGCGAAAAGACGCGGGAUUACAGGGUUUUAUUUUUAUUUAUUUUUUUAUUUUUAGGUGCGUGUGCGUGGAGUGCGCAUCAUUCCUUGUGAUUCCCCCUGUACGCGCAAGAGAGGCAAUGCGCCCACCCAUGCGAUGCUAGCCUAUUAGCUGAAGAGAAAGAGAGAGAGAGAGAGAGAGAGAGAGAGAGAGAGAGAGAGAGCGAAGCACAGAGAGAGAAAGAGGGAGAGAGGUUUCAAGUCCUGGAUCUCAUAGAGGAGGCUAAUUUACGAGUCUUGUUUUGCCUUUCAGGAAGGGGGGGAAAAACCGGGAGAGAUAAGAAGGGGAGGGUGGUCGGUGAAGGAGAAUGCAGCAAUCACAUUUUUAAGCAUGCAGAAGCGGGCCGUUUCCGGUUCCUAGGCUCGCCGUACCAUCACCCCCCCAUCCGACGCCAAGCAGCAGCCGUAUGGGGAAAGCAGAGGCAGACCCAGAUGGCAUGGACACUUCCACGACGUCUGUCGCUCUGCCCCGCCUGCCCUGCCGGAGCCCGUUUGCUGCCGCUGCCGCCGCCGCCGCCGUCUCUCUCCUCCAGCUCGCUCCGCCGCCCAGCAGCACUGCAGCACAGCACAGGCUGACGGCAUGAGGCUGGAUCCGGUGCAUCUCUCCAUGCUGGUCAUCGGGGUCUCCUUCGCCUGCUACGCCCCGAGUCUCAACUCCCUCCAGGACCAGGCGUACCGAUCGGCCGUGGUCAUCGAGGGCGAGGUGCGCUCCUCCCCGGAGAACGUCUCCGCCAGCGAGCCCUACAGCGUGAAUGUCAGAGUGCUGGAUGUGUGGCCCGUCAACAGCGGCGGCCUCGAGAGGGAGCAGCUCGUGACCGUCGGGGACUUCGGCUCCGAGGCGCCCUGCACCACGGUGGAGAAGGACCACAGGUACAUCUUUUUCAUGGACCCGACCGCCGAGCCUCUGGUGUUCAAGGCGUCCUACGCCCCCGUGGACGCCAGCGAGCCGGAACUGAAGAAGAAUGUGGAGAGAGUGCUGUGCGAGGACUGCGCGUCUGCUCCUAAGCUGAGGCCGAUGCGAGGCCAGUCUCUGUUGGAGGGGGGCAAGAUGUACUUGAAGUGCGAGGCGUCGGGGAACCCCAGCCCUUCCUUCCGCUGGUACAAAGACGGACGCGAACUCCAGAAAGGCAGAGACCUCAAAAUAAAAACCAACGUAAAAAAUUCAAAGUUGCAGAUCACUCGUGUCCGUCUGGAAGACUCCGGCAACUACACCUGCGUGGCUGAAAACUCGUUAGGACAAGAAAACGCCACGAGUAUAAUCACCGUGCAGAUCUUGACCACCACCACCCCAUCUCCAGGUGUGAGUCACGUGAGGCGCUGCAACGACUCAGAAAGGGCCUACUGCGCUAACGGAGGAGACUGUUACUUUAUACACGGUUUUAACCAGCUGUCCUGCAAGUGUCCCAAUGACUAUACGGGGGACCGCUGUCAAAACUCCGUCUUGACCAGUUUCUACAAUCUUUUCAAAAAUGGAUUUAUGGAGGCAGAGGAGGUCUACCAGAGGCGGGUGCUGACGAUCACAGGCAUCUGCGUGGCCUUGUUAGUGGUCGGCAUCGUGUGCGUGGUGGCCUACUGCAAAACCAAGAAGCAGAGGAAUCAGAUGCAGCGUCACCUACAUCAAAACCAGAAUCAGUUCGUGGAGCAGCCAAACCGCGUGCUGGCUAAUGGUCCCAACCACCCUGGGCCCGGUCCGGAGGAGAUCCCCAUGCUGGAUUACAUCCCAAAGAGUGUCCCGACGACAGAGUGUGUGAUCAGCCAUGGAGCUGAGGGUGCUGGCAACUAUGCAGGCAGUCGAAUGUCAACCCGCUCCCAUCACUCCACCACUGCCUCACAUGCUUCCAGACACGAGGAGCAGACGUGGAGCAUGGAGCGGACAGAGAGCGUGAACUCAGACUGCCAGUCGGGUGGGCUCUCCAGCUCCGUGGGAACCAGUAAGUGCAGCAGCCCGGCAUGCAUGGCGAGGCGGGCCGCCAACUACGGUUGCACAGACGUGUCGGGAAUGGGGAUGCAGUACGGGGACUCUUACGACUCUCUAAGAGACUCGCCUCACAGUGACAGAAGGAAGCUGAGCUCAGCGUCUUCUUCAGAAGUUUUUGUGUCAUUUCCUUCAGUGGUUCUUGCUGCAGCGCCACCACAGGCAAGGAGAUACGUGUCGGCGCUGACCACGCCGGCGCGGCUGUCUCCUGUGGAGUUCCACUACCCCCCUCUGCCACCCCAGGUGCCCACCUUCCAGAUCACCUCGCCCAACACAAGCCAAGCCCUCUCCCUGCCCCCUGCUGCCGCGGCUUACCACAGAGACGACGACCAACCGCUGCUAAGAUGCCCCGAAGACGGAAGUUUAUACAGGCAGCCCAGACGACCCCGGCGGCCCUACCUGACAGAGAGCACAGGAAGUCUACCGUCCAGCCCCUACCACCUCCCGGACGAUGAAGCUUACGAGACGACGCAAGAGUACGCCUCCUCCCGGGAACCCAUCCGGAGCCGGCGCCGGCCGCGGCGCAACCGCCUCAACGGACACACGUCCCAGCGCUCGGCGGGCUUUCGGGACUACAGCUCGCAGAGCUUCAGUCAGUCGGAGGAGGAGGAGGAAGAGGACGAGGACGAGGACGCUCACGGGGAGAGCACGCCUUUCCUCAGUAUGCAGAACAUGAACAUGGACCAGCCGCUGACCGGCUCGGGGUACCGCUCGUCGUCCGGCGCGGACACACGGACUCACCGGGGGCUGAGUCGGCCGAGCGCGCGCAGCAACGGGCAGAGCCGCAGCUCCCAGUCACAGCGCUCCAAAGCCGACAACAUGCCCCUUUAAGACCGGACUUCCCCCGACACCCACCCGUAACACCCCCGUCCCGUCUCGUCCCGCCACGACCCCCGCCACCUCACACACCUCCUCUCCUCCUUCCUUCACAGAACCAGUGGACUAGAGACCUGCACCUAGGAGAAAUAUUUUUAUUUUGUAUAACAGACAGAUAUUCUAAACAAAUGAAAUAUUUAUUUUCAUUUCAGCAAAAAUUGUCUACUAGCUAACAGCAAAGACUUUUUUUAUAAUGGGGGGAUAUUUAUAUGUAAAGUUUUUUGAUUUACAGCAUUAUGAGAGAUGAAAAAAGGAGAAUUACGUGCCAAUUUUUUCACAAGUUAGAUAAAUAGAAUAAUAUUGUGGUGCCUUUUGCUGUAUGCUGAAGUCGGAGGUCCCGUUGAGUUUUUGUAGCUUUUCUUAUAAAGACUCCUCAUUUUUAUAGAGACCAACCCUCUUCCUUCCUAUUGCUUUGGUUUGGGUUUGAUUUUGUUAUUUUUUUUAUUAUUAUUAUGUUUUGCUCUGAUUUGGGAUCUUCCUCUUUUUGAACUGUGAUCUGAUUACGUCAUCAUGCAAUAUCGAUUCUUUCUGUGUACAAGGUGUCUGUUUACAUGAGUUCGCCCCGCGCGGCGGUCCAGCCGGAUGUGUAGGGUGGAUUCCUCUGACGAACACUCAUCUGUCAUUAGCCGCGUCCGUGUCUGCAGCCCGUCACUCAUCUUCUCGUAGUUUCUGUCGGAAAGAAGGGCGGUCAGGUGUCGUAUGUAGAGGGACGGCGACCUCAGAUAUCCGUGUAGAUGUUCAGGGUGCUGUCAUUACAUUAGUAUGAGUGUGUGUGAGAUUUUCAUAAAGCCUAGUUUGCGGUCCCUCACCUGACGCGUCCGCCGGUCGCCACGCUGCCAGAAGCUCCACUGCACUGUAAGCACCUCCCUCGCGCGAGCCAGGGAGCCGCCCGACCCGAACUGAACCCGACCAGUCCAGUUGUAAUAUCCAGCCUGACUCUGGCCUCCUGUGGACUGCCUGGCCCCCCGCCCGUUUCCUAUGCCAGCAGCUUAGAGCCGCACUGUGUCUCAGGACUUUCCCCAUCGCAUCACAGCCGAACGACUCGCAGCAGACAGAGCCUCCCCCGGCCCCCUCCACCGUCCCCGUCAUCCCAGUCUCAGAUCAGUCCACGAGGCCAGACCCAUACCACCGCCCACCCACACUCUCUCACUUCCGUCGAGUUAACAGAAGAAAAAAAACAACAACUCAUAGCCACGAGUUUAGGGCGCUGAAGUUGGGAACGGGAUUCACAGAUUUUUUUCAAUUUUAUUUUAUUUUUUUAUUAUUAUUAAUAUUCAAAAAGUUGUAUGUAUGUAAGUAUGUAAGUGAGCACGUGUAGAUAUUUAGUCCAAAAAUGUUGGAGGUGAAGUUGGAGAACGCCGUUGUGCUGAGGGCACAUCCGGGGCCUUGCUAGGAAUUCUGCCUCACGCCGCCCCCACACCGAGAGGACGACGUCAUCCCGGCUAACAAGUGCAGCUCAGAAAAUUACGAUGUCAUCAAAAUGGUUCGGUCACUAAUUCAAUUCAAAAAGUGGAACUCACAUAUUACACACAAAAGGACGCAUUUCAAGCAUUUAGUAGCCUGGUCAUUGCCUUCUUGUGCUUCUCCGCUCCAUUAAAAUCUUCUCGCUUCAGACAGUUCUCCCGUUUACAAGGAUUGGCUCCGGUAGAAUUUUUACCGGGGCCAAUCAGCGAAAAGAAAGUGAAGCUGUGAACGAUGACGUUGAUUUUCCUGCGUGGUUUCAGAAUUGUAGUCUGCCUGUUUUUUACUUUAGCGACUGGGUAACAUUUAAAAUGUCAUCAGAGUCCAUGGCUGAGCUGAAUUAUGGUGCUUGUAGCUUACAGCUAGCCUGGUAAGAAUAAGCACCUUGUUCUGUGUUAUUUGCUUCAUACAGAACUGUGCUGUGAAGCAAGAUCAUAAUUGAGCGGAAAUGUGCAGGAAGGUCAUGGCUAGGCUAGCUUACAGCUAAUGAGGGCCCAAAAUUUUGGUUUACAAAAUUAGAAUAUCACAGAGAACAAUUUGAAAAGAUUUAAAAUGUAAACAUGCCCAGCUCCCUGUUUGCUGUGAAAUGUCAAGUUCAUGCUAGUCUUUGAAUAACCUGUUUUGAUCCUGCUCUGAAUGCAGUUUUAAUUGGGAUUAAGGGUGUGGAGUUCACAGAGCAGAGCAAGCUACUUUUGCCUUGACAUUACCAUAUCUUUAUGCUAUUAUUUUUUCCCAUAUUUGUGGAUCAAUUACAGAUCUAGAGGUUAUUCCUCUAAGUAAUUAGUGGCCCAGUUGAAGGUAUGGCAAGCUUCCAGUUUCCAGGAGUUUGUCGUCUUUCCAUAACAGUUGCACGUUGUUUAUACAUGGUGUAUAAAAGCAUUCAGCAUCCAUUUUUGCUAAUCCAAAGUGAUCAAAUUGUCUAUCUCACAUGCAAAGUGAUGCAGGAGCUUUGGCAUCAUGUAGUCAUAUGCCAAUAAAUCGAAUGUGCAACAGGAGUACUAUGUUAUGGCCUUCACAGUGAACGUCUGACUCGACAGUUGUCCAGCAAUGACCAUCAAUAAAAAUACAAAAGGUGCUGUGCAUUUUGCAUUUCACUUUAAAGUCAGUGUCCCAGAGUUUGAGCAGAGAGGUUCAGAAUCCACUCUGCUUAAGGUCCAGAGUGACGUUUCUGCUGAUGUGAGUCCGCUGUGCUUUAUCAAUUCCAGUCAGUACAGAAUGUCUUCCAUUCUUAUUCAUUUUCCUGCAGGACUUAUGCUACACUGUAGAAAGGGCUUACAGGGGCAAUAGCCCAGGGCCCCCAAUUUUAUAGGGGGAGGGGUGCCCCCCAAAAAUCUUGGGUGCCCCAAGAUUGUUUUUAAUUUUUUAUUUAUUAUUCUUUUUACUGAAUACAUGUUUUGCAAACACUCUACCUUAUGUAGAACACGUAGGCCUAAAUCAUGUGAGUUUUAUUAAUAUAAAUAUUCAAGUAUUUGAACAUUAUUAAGUAAUAACAGAUUUGUUUGGGAACAACAUGGAGUUGUUAGCUAGAGGACGUAUUAAACCUACGAUGCAUCAGUUCAUACCUGCUGGUGUUUAGGAGUACCUAUUGAAUAUUUCCUUAUCGGAUAGGGUACCAAAACUGUCUCCAGCCCGGGGGCCCACAUCCUUGUAAAUCCGGCUCUGGGCAGGACUUGACAACCCAACACACUUCCAGUAGUACCAACACCUCUGCUUUAGCACCAUGGUACGCCUGCACCAGGCUUCCAUUAGGCCUGAUUGUUCUCAUUUCACACCGCAUUGCUGCAAAAGAAGUCCAGCUCAGCUACUGAACGCAUUCACUUUGUGGUAGAAAGACGACCUUUUUAGAAUAUGGCAUUUCUGAAUUAUUUUCAUUGGUCUUAUGACAUAUUCAAACUUUCCAAGGACCCUGAAAUCUGGUUUUUCAUUAGUUAUCAAAAUCAACAGUAACAAAAUGCUUGAACUGCAUCACUCUAGCUUCGUUUCUGCUAGAAAUGUGUGCAAAAUUUUGUCGAUAUUUCUGCUAAUGUUGGAAAAAAAAACCCACAAUUUUGUAAUUGCUCUUUCCAUUAAAUAAGAAAUGCAAUUAAAGCAACAUGUGAAUAGGCUUGUUCACAUGAGUCGUUAAAAACAUGCCACUACUUCCUGUUUUCUUCUUAGUGUUUUGCGCCAGUAGUAACAUCCAGUUGUCGAUCACAUGACUGGUGUGGCGCGAUUAGUGUUCCCAUUGUAGUUUUUCAAAAAUAAACCAAUUUCAAUGCAAAACGUCUUAUCAAAAAAUCAAGAGUUUUUUUUUUUUUUUUUAAAUGCCGUGUUUCCAUUGAGCAAAUUUAUUUUCAAAAUGUGAAUUUGCGCAAUUAUUGGUCAAAGGAAUCACAGCUUCUGACGGACCAUACGAGUUUCAUUUUUGAAUUCAUUUGAAUGACGUUUAAAUUUACUGAGAUGCACCUGAUGUUUUUGUCUUUUCUUUUCCAAACUUUCACGUGUUUUCGUCACGGUAGUGGGCGGCACAGCUUGGACGUGAAUUAAGAGGCGACAAAGCACACUUGUGUGGCGGUGUGUGUGAUAAUCCAGGUUAACACGUCCUCAGUUGUGAUUCCGACAUUUUGAUCGCCUGAGCUUCUUUUGCUUCGUCAUGGCGCCUGACGGGGGUUGUUGUUGUUGUUGCUGGGGGGUUUUUCCCACCAUCUCCCGCCAUCAUGUCUUCCUCUCACCUUGGGACCUCACUCUUAGGACCUUCCGAAAGCAACCAGCGGAGGAAUUUAAACCCCUCGUCUGGAACACACAGAGCAGCACACUCACAUUAGGCCGACCAAAACUCUUCCACCCCUUGGAGACUCUUUGAGGAUGAACGUCACUGUGUCCCAUCGAACUCGUUCCCCUGUUUAGGUUCUGUUUUCUUUCCUUCCACAGACGAUGCAUGGAUCAGAGAUAUAGAGUAUCUUUUAAAAAUAAAAAAUAAAAUAAAAACCCAAGGUGACAAAUCCCGCUCGGAAUCCCAGUAGAGGUGAAUCAUUUGGGUAUUUUUCCCUGCCCCCCCCCAAAAAACGUUCCGCCUAUAGUUCUAUCGUAUUGUCACUGUAAUCAGUCCGGGAUUUUACAACGUGGAAAAUCAGCAAGUGAGGAUAGUGUGCUUCUAGAGCUAGUCGAAAUGUUUAACAACUUCUCUCCCCCGUCCCCACCCUGUUUCUCCUCACCCCACACUUCCCCACCCACCUGUCGCAUACACACAUAAAUGUCACUCAUACACACACUGACACACUCAAACUUUAAUACACACACACACACACACACGCACACAGAGAGAGAGACACACAGCCCUUCAACGUUUGUUUGUCAAGCAGUUUGUCUUUUUUACCUGCCAAUUCCCUCUCCUCUCCCUCACUUCCAGCUCCACCCUUUUCUCCUCCCCCCCCUGCAUGUCCUAGUGGUACUGGUAGUUGGGUGCAUGGAAAAAGCAGCAAGCAAAUUGUUUUUCCACUCAGUAAAAAAAAAGAAAAAAAAAGAAAGAAGAAUAUUAACAAUAAACGAGUAAAAAAAAAAUCAUAAUUUUAAACAUCCAGCAAUAAAUUCCCCUUCUCUUCAUGUCCAUCAUUCUUGGAAUAUGCUAGGAAAUUUUUUGCAAGUUUUAUCAAAAA